AAAAGUCACCGAAAAAUGUUUAGUUGGCUGCAAAAGGAGCAUGAUAAGAAAAAGGAGGAUGUGUUAGACAGUGUGGCCGACGGUCUGAAGAAAAUAUACAGGCAGAAACUUCUGCCCCUUGAAGAAUUCUACAAAUUUCAUGAUUUUCACUCUCCUCCGUUGGAAGAUGCAGACUUUGAUGCGAAACCCAUGGUCCUGCUCAUUGGCCAGUACUCCACUGGUAAAACAACAUUCAUCAAGUAUCUACUUGAAAUGGAAUUUCCGGGUCUUAGAAUUGGACCUGAGCCGACAACUGAUCGUUUCAUUGUAGUCAUGGGUGGGGAUACAGAGGGUGUUGUACCUGGCAAUGCUCUCGUUGUCGACCCAAAGAAACAAUUUCGACAACUUUCUAGAUUUGGUAAUGCAUUCCUAAACCGUUUUCAAUGUUCUACGUUGCCCAAUCCUGUCCUCAACAGCAUCUCCAUAGUUGACACUCCAGGCAUUCUCUCUGGGGAAAAACAAAGAGUUGAAAGGGGGUAUGACUUUGCUGGAGUCAUAGAAUGGUUCGCAGAACGUGUUGAUCGAAUCAUACUCCUAUUCGAUGCUCACAAACUUGAUAUUUCAGAUGAAUUUCGUCGAGUCAUAGAGGGUAUAAAAGGCUAUGAUGACAAAAUUAGAAUCAUAUUAAAUAAGGCAGACAUGGUUGAUCAUCAGCAACUUAUGAGGGUCUAUGGAGCGCUGAUGUGGUCCCUAGGAAAAGUUUUCAACACACCAGAAGUUGUUCGUGUCUACAUUGGAUCGUUCUGGAACAAACCACUGCAGUGUGACACAAAUAGAUCAUUAUUUCAAUUAGAAGAACAUGAUCUGUUCAAAGACUUUCAUAGCCUUCCAAAAAAUGCUGCCUUGAGAAAACUGAACGACCUAAUCAAGAGAGCCCGUCUGGCUAAGGUUCACGCUCAUCUGAUUAGCCACUUGAAGAAAGAGAUGCCUUCCAUGUUUGGUAAGGACAUGCGCAAGAAGGAGCUGAUUGCCAAGCUGCCCGAAAUCUACGCCUCCAUUCAGAGGGAGAACCACAUCUCGCCCGGGGAUUUCCCUGACAUCCAUCGAAUGCAAGAGCAAUUAGUCAAUCAUGAUUUCAACAAGUUCAACGUACUGAAGCCCAAACUGCUGGAGACAGUGGACAAGAUGCUGGCUCAGGACAUAGCCACACUCAUGAGUAUGAUUCCCAUCGAGGAGAGCAACAAAGUGGAAAAUACUGGUAAUGGUCAUAAUAUUAAAGGGGGCGCCUUUGAAACGUACAAAGAAAGUCCAUUUGGCAUUGGUCAGUUGGAGGGCAUCGACAAGGGCAGGGGUGAGGAAGAGUGGGUAGUCAAUAAGGACAGGUACAAGUGGGACUCCAUCUUUGAGACGUUGAACCCAGUAAAUGGAAAAAUAACUGGAGCAGCUGCCAAGUCGGAACUUAUCAAAUCCAGGCUGCCUAAUUCAGUUCUUGGAAAGGUUUGGAAACUGGCCGACAUGGAUAGGGAUGGAAUGCUGGACAUUGAUGAAUUUGCAUUGGCCAUGCAUCUGGUCAGUUUGAAGGUCGAAGGUCACGAACUGCCCAACGAACUGCCUGAACAUCUUGUCCCGCCAUCCAAAGUCGAUCUAGUCCAUUCAUCUGGUUGAUUACACGGCGAUCAUAAUGAUGAUGAUGAUCAUGAUGGCGAUUGUUGUGAUGAUGAUGAUCAUGAUAGUCGUAAUGGUUACCAUUAUGAUGAUGGUUCAUUAAAAUAGUUAUCAAUUAUACAUUUUUUUCAAUUCUGUCGAUUUACUUACUAUAUUAUCCAAAUUUAAUUUCUGUACAUUUUUUAAAAAAUUCGAUUUUUAUUCAUACUAGAGGAAAUUAUUUAAGUGUUGCUGCUGCUACUCACAUAAAAGGAUAAAAGGCGUUAACUUUUUUUUACAUCACCAAUUCGAAAUCAUUCAAGUCAUUUGAUCAAACCAACACCAACCAUUCAGAUCAGAUGAUAAAGCUCUCUCUCCCUUUCUCUCUUUCUCUCUCUCUCUCUCUUUCUCUCUCUCUUUCUCUCAUUCACUCUCGAUAACUAACUACACCAUAUCUUCUAGUUUUACCCAAUCAUUAAUACCAUCAUCAACGUGCAAAAAUUUAUUUAUUUGUUCGUUUAUAUUUCUUCCUGCCUAGCCAUAAAAACAUGCCCUGUACUAAAUUAUGAAUGAUAAUAUUUAUAUUAUCUUUAUUAUUUAAUUAAUUAAUUACUAUUAUUAUCAUUAUUUAUUUAUUAAUUAAUAUUAUUAUUUUCUUCAUUUAAACGGUGAUAAGCUUUAUUAAUGAUAGCUGUUGAUUAAACGAUUUGUAAAUAAAUAAAUAAAUAUAAGCUGGCCGGCCUAGCCAACUAUAUACACACACAUAUAUAUAUAUAUAAAUAUAUAUGUAUGUAUGUAUAUAUAUAUAUGUAUGUAUAUAUAUAUAUAUUACUUAUAAACAUGCGCAUAGAUAAUAUCGUUUAGCACGUUAUCUGUGCAAUAUUAUAGCAAAUGGAUGUUUCUGCUCCUCUAUGUUUAUUUAUAUUU